UCCUGGGCAGGCAGUGGGACCAUCGACGACAACAUGAGGGCUCUGUGGCUCCUGGGGUCCCUGCUGAUGAGCCUGGAUUUGACACUUUCGGCUCCACCAUGGAAAGGACCUAAGGAAUUCAAGCAGGGCCCUGACGAGCCCACUGUGGUUCUCACCGUCAAUGGGAACCUCUGCCACUUUCCCUUCCUGUACCACCGCCGUCUGCACCACAGAUGCAUCCACAAAGGCGGGCCGGGCCGGUCCUGGUGUGCCAUCACUCCUAACUUUGACCAGGACCAGCAGUGGGGAUACUGCUUGGAGCCCAAGAAGGUGAAAGACCACUGCAGCAAACACAACCCCUGCCACAAAGGAGGGACGUGUGUGAACACCCCCAAUGGCCCCCACUGUCUCUGCCCAGAACACCUUACUGGGAAGCAUUGCCAGAGAGAGAAGUGCUUCGAGCCUCAGCUUCUCCAGUUCUUCCACGAAAAUGAGAUAUGGUUUAGAACGGGGCCAGCAGGUGUGGCCAGGUGCCAAUGCAAGGGUCCUGGCGCCCACUGCAAGCCGCUGGCCAGUCAGGCCUGCAGCACCAAUGUGUGCCUCAAUGGGGGCAGCUGCCUCCAGGUGGAGGGUCACCAACUGUGCCAUUGUCCUGCGGGCUACACUGGACCUUUUUGCGACUUAGAUAGUAAGGCGACUUGCUACGAGGACAGGGGACUCAGCUACCGGGGCAAGGCUGGAAACACUUUAUCGGGGGCGCCAUGUCAGCGGUGGGCCUCGGAGGCCACCUACCGGAACAUGACUGCGAAGCAAAAGCUAAGCCUAGGCCUGGGACACCAUGCCUUCUGCCGGAAUCCGGAUAAUGACAUGCGCCCAUGGUGCUACGUCUGGAGGGACGACAGGCUGAUCUGGGACUAUUGCGACCUGGAGCAGUGCCAGACCCCAACCCAGGCACCUCCUCGAGUUCCCCCUGAGCAUCAGGACCUGCCGGUGCCCCAGCCUUCCACACUGCAGAAGCCUCAGCCCACGUCCCAGGCGCUACCUCUGUCCCACGCGCUAGAUGCCUCGCCUGAGCGUCAGAAUCAUGUGUCCAGGAUCAGCUCAAUGGGCUGCGGACAGCGGUUCCUCAAGCGACUGUCCCCGCUCAGCCGCAUAGUGGGCGGAUUAGUGGCUCUGCCUGGGUCUCACCCGUACAUCGCUGCGCUGUACUGGGGCGACAGCUUCUGCGCCGGCAGCCUCAUCGCCCCCUGCUGGGUGCUGACUGCGGCUCACUGUCUGCAGAACCGGCCAGCGCCCGAGGAGCUGACGGUGGUGCUCGGUCAAGAUCGCCAUAACCAGAGCUGCGAGCAGUGCCAGACGCUGGCUGUGCGCUCCUACCGCCUUCAUGAGGGCUUCUCCUCCAUCACCUACCAGCACGACUUGGCUCUGCUGCGCCUGAAGGAAACCGAAAACAACAGCUGCGCGAUCAUGUCGUCCUACAUCCAGCCCGUGUGCUUGCCCAUCAGCGCGGCCCCACCCUCGGAGACAGUGCUCUGCGAGGUGGCCGGCUGGGGUCACCAGUUCGAGGGGGCGGAAGAAUACGCAGAUUUCCUGCAGGAGGCGCAGGUACCCUUCAUCUCCCAGGAGCGCUGCUCCAACUCUGACGUGCAUGGGGAUACCAUCCUACCCGGAAUGCUUUGUGCUGGCUUCCUGGAGGGAGGCACAGACGCCUGCCAGGGUGACUCCGGGGGUCCUCUGGUGUGUGGAGAAGGGGCUGCAGAGCAACGGCUCACCCUGCGAGGUGUCGUCAGCUGGGGCUCCGGCUGUGGUGAUCGCAACAAGCCCGGAGUCUACACAGACGUAGCCUACUACCUGGCUUGGAUCAAGGAGCAUACCGAUUCCUAACUAACCAGGGUUAGUCCUUCCAGUGUGUGUGCCCCUGGAGUGUGAGGGUUGACUAUGGUAUGAUGGACACAAUGGAGAUAGUGCCCAGGUAGCAUGCACAUAGAAAUUCAAUAAAGUGCUUUGAUAAUGUU